AUGUGGCUGAAACUGCUCUACGGGUGCACACUUUGGGUGUUAGGCUUGACACUAAGCAGUUGGGUCGACAACUACGAGCCGCUCAACUACGCUCCGAUCUCGAAUGCGCGCCGGAAACGGUCGAUUGGCGGUUAUGGGCAGCGCAUCCGCGUCAACAUCAAUUCAUACAACCGGACAUUCCGGAUAUCGUUGUUGCCGGUGGACGCCUCUUCGUCUCCAUUCGGCGAUGAACAUUAUGCGGAUCAAGAUGGGCAGUGGGCUGACAUCGAUCCGGCGUCGUUUCUCUACGAGGGAUUCCUUGAAGGUGAUGAAAAAUCGCGUGUCUACGGCUCAAUCCUCGACGGCAUCUUCGAUGGCCACAUCCACACGGGUGAUGGCCAUUCGUUCUCGGUGGACAAGGCCGCCAAAUAUUUUGACAUGGAUUCUCGGCCGAAGCAUUACCACUCGAUCAUCUACCACGACGACGAGAUCAACCAUGGCAAAAUGCGCGUCAAGAGAGCGGUCACCAAUGACAAGGACGACUCGUCGACCCAUGGCUGUGCACUCGACGAGCCGCGGCGUCGCGAAAUGGACCGAGUGCAGCGAUCGGCCGAGACACAUCAAGAAUGGAGGGACAGUCCUUUUGCCACAAUUGGUGCUUUGCUGCCCGAUGUCCUAGCGGAUCGUCGGAACAUGUGGCUGAAACUGCUCUACGGGUGCACACUUUGUGUGUUAGGCUUGACACUAAGCAGUUGGGUUGACAACUACGAGCCGCUCAAGCGACAAGCCAAGGAAUACGCGAUCCCGAGACGGCUAAGACUUCCGCGAACAAAGACUACAAGUUCUCAGCCCAGGAUCAAUACUAGAAUUUGUAAAAUGGUCUUAUUGCUGAUCGACGUUUGCCAUGGAUCUACUCAGCUAUUUGUGUCGGCGGACAGAAGGAUGACUGUUGGUGCACUUCUCGAAUACUUGGUCCACGAAUACCCGACUAGAGUGCCUUCAGGAGGAACACUAUUCUUUUACGAGGAAGAAAUGCGACCCCAUAUGGAACUACGACAUUAUAGCAGAGCGAAGAACAUAAACCUUCGACUAGAACAUGCAAUCGUGAUCAGCGUUUCGCAGCUGACGCUCGCCCACGAGAUUGGCCACAACUUUGGCUCGCCCCACGAUUUCCCCGCCGAAUGCCAGCCGGGCCUUCCCCUCGGCAACUUCAUCAUGUUCGCCUCGGCGACGUCUGGGGACAAGCCGAACAACGCCAAAUUCUCCUCCUGCUCCAUCAACAACAUCAGCUCGGUGCUCAACGUGGUGCUGGCCUCGGUGCCGAUCGAUCCGACGAAAUACUCGGGACCCGUUGGCCCGUUGACAAAGAGAAAUUGCUUCCAAGAACGGACGUCGGCCUUUUGCGGAAAUCAAAUACACGAGCCGGGCGAGGAAUGUGACUGUGGAUUCUCACAGGCUGAUUGUGAUCAAAUGGCUGACAGAUGCUGCUAUCCACACGAGGGUCGUCUUUCUGGACUCGGCACGCCGUGCAAGCGAAAGAAGGGAGCAAUGUGUUCUCCCAGUGAGGGUUUCUGCUGUAAUGGAGAGCGUUGCUCGCUGUUCGGACGAAACGAUUUUCGUGUCUGUAGACAGGAAUCUGAGUGUAGCGAGGCGCAGACGUGUGAUGGAUUGUCCGCCCAAUGCCCACAAAGUCGUCCAAAAGCCAACGGACUGGCUUGUCAGGAUUCCACUAAGGUGUGUUCUGGCGGUUCGUGCAAUGGUUCUGUGUGUGAAGCCGUCGGUCUCCGUGACUGUUUCCUGACUGAAGGCAAACCGGAAGAGCUGUGCUAUUUGGCGUGUCUGAAGGAUGGAAAAUGCCUCUCAUCCGUGUUGCUGCCCGAAUUCUCCUCCCAACGCCUCCAAUUCCUCCAAUCGGGUCGCAAAGGGCAGAGCGGUCUCGUGCUCCAUCCCGGCAGUCCGUGCAACAAUUACAAAGGCUACUGUGACAUUCUUCGGAAAUGCCGUUCGGUGGACGCGAAUGGACCGCUGGCUCGACUCAAGAAUCUUCUCUUCAACAAAAGGACGUUCGACUCGGUGCAGCAAUGGGUUCAGGAAAUCUGGUGGAUCGUCGUGCUCGUCUUCUUGGUGUUGAUGGUGCUGUACAUGAAGUUCUACGCCGCCCACAUCCCGUCGUUCAUGAACAUCAAAAAAUUACAACCUGUACAUGCGUGGCUUUUGACGAUAAAGUUUUUUGUCGUCAUUCCUUGUGAUGAAAACUCUCGCGUCUACGGCUCAAUCCUCGACGGAAUCUUCGAUGGCCACAUCCACACGGGUGAUGGCCAUUCGUUCUCGGUCGACAAGGCCGCCAAAUAUUUUGACAUGGAUUCUCGACCAAAGCACUACCACUCGAUCAUCUACCACGACGACGAGAUCAACCAUGGCAAAAUGCGCGUCAAAAGAGCGGCCACCAAUGACAAGGACGACUCGUCGACCCAUGGCUGUGCACUCGACGAGCCGCGUCGUCGCGAAAUGGACCGAGUGCAGCGAUCGGCCGAGACACAUCAAGAAUGGAGGGACAGCCCUUUUGCCACAAUGAGAACGAAACGCUCGGUGCGAAAAGAAGACAACGGGCUCUACAAUGUGAGGACCUGCUCGCUCUACCUCCAGGCCGACCACAAGCUCUACGAGCACAUUCUAAUGAAGGAGGGCAACAAGGACCCGAUUAGGACCCGCGAGGAGAUCGUCAGCCUCUUCUACAACCACAUCAAGGCCGUCAAUGAGAUCUACGAGGGCACCGACUUCAACGGGAUUCGCGGUCUCCAUUUCGUCAUCCAGCGCACCUCGAUCUACACCCCGGAUUCGUGUUCGGGUGGACGAGCGAAAGACGGUGCCGACAAUCCAUUCUGCGAGGACAAUGUCGACGUCUCCAAUUUCCUGAAUCUCAACUCGCAGAAGAAUCACUCUGCUUUCUGUCUAGCCUACGCCCUCACUUUCCGUGAUUUCGUCGGCGGCACGCUCGGACUCGCCUGGGUGGCCAGCCCACAGAUUAAUACUGCCGGCGGCGUCUGCCAGGUCUACCAGCGCUACAACGAGGGUCCACGCGGCUGGAUCUUCCGCAGUCUCAACACCGGCAUCGUCACCCUCGUCAACUAUGGAAAUCGCGUGCCGGCCCGUGUCUCGCAGCUGACGCUCGCCCACGAGAUUGGCCACAACUUUGGCUCGCCCCACGAUUUCCCCGCAGAAUGCCAGCCAGGCCUUCCCCUCGGCAACUUCAUCAUGUUCGCCUCGGCGACGUCUGGGGACAAGCCGAACAACGCCAAGUUCUCCUCGUGCUCCAUCAACAACAUCAGCUCGGUGCUCAACGUGGUGCUGGCCUCGGUGCCGAUCGAUCCGACGAAAUACUCGGGACCCGUUGGCCCGUUGACAAAGAGAAAUUGCUUCCAAGAACGGACGUCGGCCUUUUGCGGAAAUCAAAUACACGAGCCGGGCGAGGAAUGUGACUGUGGAUUCUCACAGGCUGAUUGUGAUCAAAUGGCUGACAGAUGCUGCUAUCCACACGAGGGUCGUCUCUCCGGACUCGGCACGCCGUGCAAGCGAAAGAAGGGAGCAAUGUGUUCUCCCAGUGAGGGUUUCUGCUGUAAUGGCGAGAGUUGCUCGUUGUUUGGCCGAAACGAUUUUCGAGUCUGCAGACAGGAAUCUGAAUGUAGCGAGGCGCAGACAUGUGAUGGAUUGUCCGCCCAAUGCCCACAAAGUCGUCCAAAAGCCAACGGACUGGCUUGUCAGGAUUCCACUAAGGUGUGUUCCGGCGGUUCUUGCAAUGGUUCUGUGUGUGAAGCCGUCGGUCUCCGUGACUGUUUCCUGACUGAGGGCAAACCGGAAGAGCUGUGCUAUUUGGCGUGUCUGAAGGAUGGAAAAUGCCUCUCAUCCGUGUUGCUGCCCGAGUUCUCCUCCCAGCGCCUCCAAUUCCUUCAAUCGGGUCGCAAAGGGCAGAGCGGUCUCGUCCUCCAUCCCGGCAGUCCAUGCAACAAUUACAAAGGAUACUGCGACAUUCUUCGGAAAUGCCGUUCGGUGGACGCGAAUGGACCGCUGGCUCGACUCAAGAAUCUUCUCUUCAACAAGAGGACGUUCGACUCGGUGCAGCAAUGGGUUCAGGAAAGCUGGUGGAUCGUGGUGCUGGGCGGUCUCGGCUUCUUGGUGUUGAUGGCGCUGUUCGUCAAGUGCUGUGCCGUCCACACCCCAUCCACCAACCCCAACAAGCCACCGCCGCUCAACAUCUACCAGACGCUCACCAGGCCCUCCACGCUUAUUAGACAACGCCGUCAACAGCGCCAACCCCCCAGCGGCGGUGUUCGUCAACCGACGGGCGGCGGUGUUGGAGCAGGGCAUGGAGGUGGCGGUGGCGGUGGUGUCAAUUCUCGAGCUGCCCCAUCGGUGAUCGUCGUCGAGCCCCCGCCACCAUACACUGCGGCCGCCGACCCGGGAUCUGCCCUUGGAGGCCCUCCCCGGGGCCAUAGGAAGAACAAGCGGCAGACGGCGGCCGACGCGAAGCCCCAGCAGCCCGCCAAGAAGGGACAAAAGCCCACGAAGCCACCCGGACAACGA